GCAGCUACUCGAUCAGUGAUCAGUUCAUUUAUUACAGUGUCGAUACAUCCAAUAUGCCUGAGCUACCUGGUAAGCAAGUAUAUCUGACUCGUGCCAGCUCAUUCCUCUGCUCAGAGGUCGAGCGAGCGCGUAAGCUCAUCGAAACGGCAUGUAAAGGUUACAAGAUUAAAAAGGUCUCGACGGUGGAGGACAAGUUGGUGUACACUGGUGGAAUCACCCAUCAUGAGUUUGCCAAGGAGCUGGAAGGUCGGACGAUCACAGGCUGCGAACGCAAAGGCAAAAACUUUUGGAUCACAUUGACGGGAUCAGGUCGACUGCCAAUGGCUCAUUUCGGGAUGACUGGGAUGAUACAGUUUAAGGGUCAAGAACCGACUUGGUACAGACGGCGACCGAAAGAGUCAACGGAUGUUUGGCCUCCAAAGUUCCACAAAUUCGUUAUGCAUUUAGAACCUCAAAAGGGCUCGGUUUCGGACGAGGCGAGAGAAUUGGCGUUCGCAGAUCCGCGCAGGUUUGGCCGACUGCGACUGGUCCCUUCACCCGUUGAGGAUCAUCCUCCUAUCUCCGCGCUCGGUUUCGACCCGAUCCUAUCAUACCCGUCUCUUGAAGAAUUCAAGACAUUGCUCUUGAAGAAAAAGGCGACUGUAAAGGGCGUAAUCAUGGAUCAGUCCUUCAGCGCGGGCGUAGGCAAUUGGGUUGCGGAUGAAAUCCUCUACCAAGCUCGCAUUCAUCCUGCAUGUCCAGUCCAAGAAUUGACGGAGGAUCAAAUCGGCGAGCUUCAUAAACAGAUCCGAGCUGUACCUGAAAAGGCGGUCGAAGUCAACGCGGACUCUAUGCGGUUUCCGGAAGAUUGGUUGUUCCGAUGGAGAUGGGACAAGGGGAAGAAGCAGCCUGGUGGUGCGAAAGUCAAAAAUGAAGAUGGAGAAUUUGUCGGGAUGCUGGAACAGCUCAAACCGAAAGACAAGGACUUUCUAGCACUUCCGAAUGGGAAGCCCGCUACCAUCGAGUUCAUCGAGGUCGCUGGUCGGACGUCGGCCGUAGUGACGGAAUUGCAGAAGAUGCCGGCGGGGGUAGACAUCAAGCCGAAAGUGACUAAGGGGAGUAAGGGAGGUAAGAAGUCAAGAAGAGGCAAGGCGGAUAGCGAUUCGGUAGGUCGAUGUCAGGCGAGGCAGGACUGUUCUCAGAAAGGCUGAAUGGUUCAGGAGAGCGAGCUAUCUGAAGAGGAAGAAGCAAAUGAGGAAGAGGUCAAACCUAGCAAAAUGACUGCUCGUCAAGCCGCAGCGGCGAAAGCGAAAUCACACGAGGCGGGUGAAGAAGCGUCAAGUGCGAAGAAGCGAGAGGCAUCUACCAGAGUCAAAGCCGAGGCGGAUACAACGCCGACAAAGAAAGUGGGUGGCGAAAGUGAUACUGUGGACCUGGAAACUGAUAUUCUCGACUCAGGCUCGGACGUCGACCGCGUCCAG